UUUUAUUUUCUAAACAUCUAUUUCGCUGCCUAUUUUAUGUUUUUUCUUCCUUCAAUCCAGUACUCUUCCCUUCCCUCCUUUCAAGACAUUGAGAACCCAAAUCCGAUCUCAUGGCAUCGGCUAAGCGCUGCGGCAGAGCAAAUUGUUCGGAUCUCUUCGGAGCUCCUUUGUAAGCUUGCUUAAUUUCUCUGAGAACACAGGUUUCGCUAUCCAAAUACCUUAACUUGGUGCUUGGGAAACAUCAGUUUGUUCUUCCGAUAGCUUUCUAGAGUGUGGUAGAAUCGGUGCUGUUCAGAUCGUCGAUUGUCGCUGAACCCUUGGAAUUUUGUUCGGUUAUUGUUCAGUUUUCCUCUCGCAUUUCAAGUAUAUCUCAAAAUAUAUGCUUCUUUUAACGGCGGAUAACUGUCCUUAUUUUGCGCUUUUCUUUUGUGCUUUUAUCUUCAAUCACUGGAAAGAUUCAAGCAUUUUCUACUUUUUUUCUGGGGUUGAUCCUUCCCUGCAUCCUCCAUCACUGGAACCUUGGGGUUCCUAUUCGAUAGCAAGUGGUUUUUCGAUCAACUACAUGCAAAUAGAUUAUCUUUCCUCAUCAAGUUCAUGGCUGAUUGGUUCAAGCUUCAUUUUUGAGUCAUUUGGAUUUGUAUCUCUUUGGACUUUCUGUACCAUGAGGUUGAAUUAAGGCUUUGUAAUUAUUCCCUGCAAAUUUAACAUUAUGUGGAAGCAGUUCCUCAGCAAAUUUCCCCGCAAAUCCUCAAAAGCUGAGGCCAAUUCAGAUUCCUUGUCGUCCAGCCAUUCCAUUGGCGAUGGUGCAAGUUUAUGCAACACAAUCCAAAGGACGUCGAGUGGAAAUAUAGCAUCCAGCAAAUCUGCAUCAUCUGUGAAGCGGAUGUCCUCUUCUAUUUUUCCGUCAAGCUUUGUGGCUGGAAUUGAACCACUUCUAUCCUUUAAGGAUGUUUCUAAUGCAGAGAAGUCUAACCUUUUCAUUAGCAAGCUGAAUCUUUGCUGCGUGAUCUUUGAAUUCUCUGAUCUGAACAAGGACACUGCAGAAAAAGACAUAAAACAUCAAACUCUGGUAGAUCUUGUAGAGUAUGUCCAUUCAGGUCCUCCUCGGUUCACUGAGCCUAUGAUUGCCGCAAGCUGCAAGAUGUUUGCAUUCAACUUAUUUAGGGUCUUCCCGCCAAAUUGCCGAUCCAACAAAGGAACUGGUGAGAAUGAAGAGGAUGAGCCAAUGUUUGAUCCCGCAUGGUCACAUUUGCAAAUUGUCUAUGAUUUGCUACUUCAAUUCAUUGUGUCAGCGUCCCUUGAUGCAAAGGUGGCAAAGAAGUAUGUUGAUCAUUCUUUCAUAUUGAAUUUGCUUGAUCUUUUUGAUUCUGAGGAUCCAAGGGAAAGGGAAUGCUUGAAAACUGUCCUGCACAGGGUUUAUGGCAAGUUUAUGGUUCACCGGCCUUUCAUUCGCAAAACUGCGAGCAAUGUAUUUUUCCGAUUCAUUUUUGAAACUCAACGGCAUAAUGGGAUUGCAGAGUUGCUGGAAGUUUUUGGAAGUGUGAUUAGUGGUUUUGCUUUACCACUUAAGGAGGAGCACAAGAUCUUUCUAUGGAGAGCUCUGAUUCCACUUCAUAAACCUAAGACAGUAGGAAUAUAUCUUCAGCAGUUGACGUACUGUAUGACUCAGUUUAUAGAAAAAGAGCCAAAGCUUGCGAGUACUGUCAUCUUGCGGUUGUUGAAGUAUUGGCCAGUGACAAAUAGUCAGAAGGAGGUUAUGUUUUUGGGUGAGAUAGAAGAGAUCUUGGAAUCUAUUAAUGUGACUGAGUUCCAAAAAUGUAUGGUCCCUUUGUUCCAGAGGAUUGGUUACUGCUUGAACAGCUCUCACUUCCAGGUUGCUGAGAGGGCCCUGUUCCUAUGGAACAACGACCAUAUCAUGGGCUUGGUGUCUCAGAACCGCCAUGUACUUGUGCCCCUUAUCAUUCCAUCUCUGGAGAGGAAUGCAAGGAGUCAUUGGAAUAAGGCUGUCCAUAAUAUAACAUUUAAUGUCAGUAAGAUGUUAUUGGACAUGGAUGAGGAACUAGUUUUGUCCUGCAAGAGGAAGUUUGAGGAGGAGGAAGGAAAGCAGCCAGCAGUCGAGGAAAAGCGGACGAUGACAUGGGAGCAACUUGAGAAGGCUGCUUCCACUUUUCAUCCAGUGACUGGAAGAACUGCCGUCCUGGUAACUCCAUUCUCAGCUCCAAUUGUAGCAACUCUUACAUAGCUGCUAUGAAGUAGACUUUCUGCUCUUAAAUUUUCCUGUAAUGCAUGAGGAAUUCCUUUUUUAUAUUUUGCUCCUCGUCUUUCAUGUUCUUUUGUAUUAUUAAGCUACUUUUUUGUUAAAAGUGGGAAUGCCUAGUUGAUGUUCCUAAUGAAAGGGAAGGGCUUGCUGUAUGAUUAUUCCCAUCAUGCCUAUGUCAUUAAGAUAUUGAUACUUGGUAGUCAUUUUAUGGCUCAGUUCCUGUUUUCUGUUUUA